GUAAGUCGUGCCAUUCCGUUUGUUCACUCACGUUGUCCGUCCAGCCCACGCUGCAGCAGCCCACUUACAUCAAACGGAGGUGUUACUAGGUACCUACCUAUGUACCUCUAACAUUUCUUGCCUUAUUGAAACUCAACUUUUUUUCUUUCUUUUCCCUUCUACUACUUCUUCAUCAAUUCACCUUGUUACACCAAGUCCUACCUUAUACCCUUUGAAAAUAGUAAGUUUACAAGCUUCAUUCUCUCAGCCUGUUGUGAAUUUGUUCACGCGCCAAUGCCAAUGCAAAUGCCAAUAUCCCAAUUUCUUCUAUUGAUGACAUCUUGAGCUACCCCGCCAUCCCGCCAUCCCACCAUCCUCCUCCUCCCCCCUCCACUUCUAACGACCCCUACAUUUUUCUUCUAUCAAUACCUACUCAACUCUUGAGGCAUAUAUCUACUUUUUCGGAUUGAGUCGCUCAUCAAGGUUCCUACUGAGCGAAUUUCCUGUCAACGUAUUUCUUUUUAUUAAUUACUUAGACCCUCGCUGUUUUCCCUAGUUCCCAACCUAUAUUCGCUAUAUUCGGACAUCAAGAUGGCCAUCAAGAAGAUCCAUGCCCGCUCGGUCUACGACUCUCGAGGCAACCCUACCGUAGAGGUAGAUGUUGUCACCGAGACUGGUCUUCACCGCGCUAUCGUUCCUUCUGGAGCUUCCACCGGUCAGCACGAAGCCUGCGAGCUCCGUGAUGGUGACAAGAGCAAGUGGGGUGGCAAGGGUGUUACCAAAGCCGUCGAGAACGUCAACAGCAUUAUCGCCCCCGCUGUCAUCAAGGAGGGUCUUGAUGUGAAGGACCAGAGCUCGGUUGACAAGUUCCUAAACAGCCUCGACGGAACACCGAACAAGACGAAGCUUGGUGCCAACGCUAUCUUGGGUGUCAGUCUUGCCAUUGCUAAGGCUGGUGCUGCUGAGAAGAACGUGCCUCUGUACGCUCACGUCUCGGAUCUUGCUGGCACUAAGAAGCCCUACGUCCUGCCCGUUCCCUUCCUGAACGUGUUGAACGGCGGUUCUCACGCCGGUGGCCGUCUGGCUUUCCAGGAAUUCAUGAUUGUCCCUUCCAAGGCCCCUACCUUCUCCGAGGCCCUACGCCAAGGUGCUGAGGUCUACCAGAAGCUUAAGGUUCUUGCCAAGAAGAAUUACGGCCAAUCUGCAGGCAACGUCGGUGACGAGGGUGGUGUUGCUCCCGAUAUUCAGACUGCCGUCGAGGCUCUUGACCUCAUUACUGAGGCCAUCGAGCAGGCUGGCUACACAGGCAAGGUAAACAUCGCUCUGGAUGUAGCUUCCAGCGAGUUCUACAAGGAGGAUGUCAAGAAGUACGACCUGGACUUCAAGAACCCUGAUAGCGACCCCACCAAGUGGAUCACCUACGAGGAACUUGCUGCCCUGUACAGCGACCUCGUCAAGAAGUAUCCCAUUGUCAGCAUUGAGGACCCCUUCGCAGAGGACGACUGGGAGGCGUGGAGCUACUUCUACAAGACCCAAGACAUCCAGAUCGUCGCUGACGACCUGACUGUCACCAACCCUAUCCGCAUCAAGAAGGCUAUUGAGCUUAAGGCCGCCAACUCUCUACUCUUAAAGGUCAACCAGAUCGGAACUCUAACCGAGUCCAUCCAGGCUGCUAAGGACUCUUACGCUGACGGAUGGGGUGUGAUGGUUUCUCACCGAUCUGGUGAGACCGAGGAUGUCACCAUUGCCGACAUUGUCGUCGGUAUCCGAGCUGGCCAGAUCAAGACUGGUGCCCCCGCUCGAUCUGAGCGUCUCGCCAAGCUCAACCAGAUCCUCCGCAUCGAGGAAGAACUCGGAGACAACGCCAUCUACGCUGGCGAGAACUUCCGCAAGGCUGUCAACCUAUAAAUAGACAGGAACUCGGAAAUCCCAUACACACAUAAUGCGUUACGAUAGGAAUGACUGGGGGCGGGUGAGCUCGGGUAAAAACGGUCACCUAUUAUUUUAGCUACCUAGUUAGUAAAUUCAAAUGAAAUGUCUGAACAAUUUGGUUCGAGUUCGUCUCGUCUUGGAGU